GUCCAUCCCUGUGUGCGGAGAUGUCGUCCCUACUGAGGAAGGAGAUGCAGAGGAUGUUGUUUAGACCUGAAGGACAGAAGCUGCAGAAGUUUAUAGAGAUACAUGAAGCAACGCCGGGAAGACAUUUCCUCUGUGUUUACGUGACCAAGACCAAAGAGGUGCAGCUGUGUGUGGUGAGAUCUCAGAAAUCACUCUAUUCUGGAUCAAACAAGUUGCUGAAUUCUCACAAAUCCGGAUCAAAAAAGAAGCUCAAGUCUCAGUUUUGCCUGAGUUCCUGCUUGGAGGACUCCUACCUGAGGACGGAAGUCUGGCUCCUCCAGGACCUCACCCUGCUGGACGGGCGGGAUCCCGACGUGGACGACCCGUGUUUCCUGAUGCACUUCUCCACUGUGAGGUCGGUGACGGCCUUCAGCUGCGGCGCCAAGUACAGCAUGGCGCGGGCCCUGGUUGCCCUGAGUGAUAAGCACUGCGGGCGACCUUUGACUCUGGUGAACUAUGACCUGGCUUACAUCGGCCCGUCGUCUAUAUAUUUGAACAGAGGAGACUGUGUGGUGCUGAUGCAGAUCUGUUUCUACGCUGCUAACCUGGUGUGUCUGUCCUUGUGCCCCGUACCUCUGGACUGAGAGAGAUGUGUGUAUUUAUUAUGGAUCCUCAAGGCAGCAGUUACUCCUCCUGGGGUCCCGCAAAAUAAAGAUAGUUAUACCAUUUUAGAGAGAGAGACUGAGUGUGUUUUUUUUUUAAUCAUUAUUUAACUAGGAAAGUAAAUUAAGAACAAAUUCUUAUUUUCAAUGAUGGUCUAGGAACAGUGGGUU